GGAUAUACCUAAUUUGCAAGGCGUUGGUUUUGAAAUACUACUUCGUAGUGGAGGUUAUAAUAUUAGAUUCUACCUCCGUAUAUUGCUCUUAGUUUAGUUUUUAGUGGUCUUAAUAUUGAUAGUAAAUUCGUCCGGUUAUCUAGAAAUGACAAAUAAUCAUUCAAGAUACGGAUUGUGCCGUUAUAUUUAAAAUUUGCUGUUUCUUGUGGACCGGGGCGGUCCGAUCUAUCGGGCAAAGGCUGCUUAGUCGUCGACAACCUAUGUCGGAGCGCCAACUGCCUCGUCUUUUUGAUAGAAUUUGAAAAUGGGUUCCGGCCAAUCGUGUGGAGCAGGUGAUAAUGAGAAAACUACUAUUACCAAGUCUAAAAGCUAUGUUGAGGAAUUAUUGCACAUUAAACAGGCUAAUUUCCUAAAUUCGAACUCAGUUGAAUCCAAAGAGGAAAUACAAUCAAGAAGAGAAAGGAUAUUGAAAGCUCUUACAGAUCGUAAACCUGUCAAGCCCUACGCAGUGCAGCUGCUGGAAGCCCGGGCUGCCAACAAAAGUGAGCUUUCCAUACCAGAAACAUUCCAAGCCCCGAUAGUUAAUACUGACGCUCAGUCUAAGAGGUUACAGGGUCAGAAAAAUGUAAAAGAAUCGGAUCAGAAAUCGAGGAUUUUGCAAAGAAUCGCUGCCCGCCGCAAGAGUAAGCGACCCGUCAAUAAUACUUCGCUAUCUCCUACCGUCAGGUGUUCAUCGGCUACUGCUGCCAGGGGUCCAUCGGCUACUGACAUUAAUGCUUUACCUAUUUCUACUAAUACUUCACCUGUAAGAACCAACAGGCCUCCGGCUGCCAAAACUCCGCCACCUCCAACCGUUUAUUCUUCGACGCCUCCUGCCUCCAACAAGGCGACUCAGUAUGACCCUCCAGCUAAAGUAUCUUUUCUAUCAAGGGCUUCACAGUCUUCAUCUCUUGGGAGCUCUGUAGACUCUGCAAUACAGGUGACACCAACAGUCCAGUCGUCUCUUCAGCAGACGGUACGAUUAUCGGAGCCAAAGAUCUAUGUUCAGCCAUCAGCACCACCACCGCCCAAGAUCCUCCCACCUCCGCCCAAGAUCCUCUCACCGCCACCUAUGCGCCUGUCGAUCCAACCACCGCUAUCUGUGCGGCAAUCUAUCAGUGCUGCAUUUUCCAGACCGAGCCCCUCUUCAGCUUUGGAUUACAGUAUAGCACCUUCGCCACCUUCCUUCAGCGACCUUCUAGAAAAUGUUUGCAAAGACAAAUUAAACCAGAAUAAACCUUCAAACUGGAGACCAGCCUCGUUGAUGGAACAGAAGAAAAGAUACUUUGACCAAGAUCCUGUCCCUUUGAUAUCCUCUCCAAUCAAAUCAAUAUCGGGCCAGAAGUUGCUGACUAUUGGUGAAAAACAGCCCCUAGAUUUCGACAGUGAUGUGAGCUAUCGGAAGAGGCAUACGGCGGCAGUAGACAGAAUAACAGACUCCUUAAUGGCCAACUGGGUGAGGAAAAAGACUUCUGCAGAGUUACUGGGCGCUGAUGAAAAGGAAUUGUCUUUGCUGACCUACAGCGAGUCAAAAAGGCCGGAGGUACCUCAUUUUCCAGUCAGAGGGAAAGGCCACAUUAACCAAGAAUGUUCUAACCAUGGCGAUGCUUUGGCAUUGAAGGCUAGCCUUCCAUCAGUGAGGUUCGGUAAAAGUCGACAUUCACUAUUACGCUGCGAAUCGAGGAGUGAAAAACGAUGUAUUAAACACCAGGAUAAUAAAAAUUUGAUUUGAAUAGCAUUUUAAUCUUCCUUUACUUAAUGAGACACUAAUGCCUUAGGGAUUAC